AUGACCAAAAAUCAUAAAAAUUCACAUCCGUUAGAAAAUCAUUAUAAUAAGAUGGAAGAGAAAGAAAAUUAUAGUAACAAAGAAGAAAAGGAUGUCGGUUAUGAUGAUUUUAAAAUCAUUGACGGUAGAAAAUUUAUUAAUGUAGAGGAAUCUUGUGCAUUCUUGCCUGUUGAUCACAGGUCAAUGUCUAUAAUGGAAAAAUUUGAAGUUAUAUCACAACAUAUAUGGAAUGGUAAAUUUUCUUCUCCUGUGAAAGAAACAUUAGAUAAUGGUGGUGCAUUUGUAAUAGAUGUUGGAUGUGGACCUGCAACUUGGUUAAUGUUCAUGGCGGAGGAAUUUCCAAAGUCAUCAUUUGUUGGAAUUGAUAUAGCAAUUGAUUUAAAAGAUUCCAAAAAAGAAUUACCAACAAAUAUAGCAAUGAUUAAACAUAAUAUACUUGACGGUUUACCAUUUCCAGAUAACACUUUUGAUUUUGUUCAUCAAAAACAUAUGUUAACUGCACUAAAAAUUGAUCAAUGGCCUUUUGUAAUUGACGAACUGAUACGUAUAACUAAACCUGGUGGUUGGAUUGAAUUUGUGGAAUAUGAAUACUUGCCAUAUUCCUUUGGUCCAUUGGGGAAAAAAAUUUUGGCUGGAUAUGUGAAACUAUGCCAAUCACAUGAUAUAAUAGAUGGAAUUCAUGAAUUUAUUGGAGAAAAAUUAACAACUUCUGAUGAAAUAAUUGAAAUUAGUCAUCGGACAAAAAAUUUUCCAUUAGGUGGCAUUGGCAUAGCUGGUGAAAUGUACAGAAAAAGUAUUAUUGAUUCAAUAGAAACAAUUAGACCUUAUCUCUCAUCAAUUAUUGGAAUUAGUUUAGAAGAAUAUGAUGAAAUGAUUAAACAAUUUGUUUUAGAAUGUAUCAAGUAUAAAUCUUAUCUAAAAAUUACUAGAAUAUAUGGAAAGACAAAAGCUGAUUAA